AUGAGACUAUCUACAGCUGGUUUAACAGAGGAGGAAAUGCCAGAGCUUGCAAAUUUUGCCCAAUGGCUACUAGAUGUCGGUGAAGGAAAGGUUGAGACUGUUAAAAGAAAUGAGGAAGAGGAGCAACCUACCUGGAUACGAAUGCUUGACAACAUGCUUGUGCACUCUGAAAAAUGUGAUAUUAAAGAUAUCACUUCUGAGGUUUAUGAUGGAUUCAUGACACUAUACCAAGAUCCAAAUUACUUGAAGGAAAGAGUCAUUGUGAUAGGAACAAAUGAUGCAGUGGAUUUAAUUAAUUCCAAGGUGCUUUCACUGCUUCCUUCAGACCAGAAGUUGUACCUUAGUUUCGAUUCUAUUUGCAAAGUCACUGGAGGCUUAGAAGAAAAUGAUAUUUUAUACCCUCCUGAAUUCUUGAAUUCACUAUCAUUCAAUGGUGUUCCAAAUCAUGAGCUUCACCUUAAAAUUAAUGCGUUGGUCAUGUUGUUACGAAAUCUCAACCAGAGCAGUGGAUUGUGUAAUGGAACUAGGCUAUUGGUUACAAGAUUGGGAGAAAGAGUGGUGGAAGCUACUAUUAUGACGGGCAAUAACAUUGGCGACAAAGUUUAUAUUCCCAGAAUCAUUAUGUCGGCAACAGAGAGAAAAUGGCCUUUUACAAUCAGGCGGAGACAAUUCCCUUUGCGAUUGUGUUAUGCAAUAACAAUAAACAAAAGUCAAGGUCAAACUCUCACAAAAGUUGGGUUGUAUCUUCCAAGACCAGUCUUUUCACAUGGACAAUUCUAUGUUGCUGUGUCAAGGGUUGAUUCUAUUCUUCUUCGUUCUUGUGUUUCAUUUAUUUACUUCUUCUACAUUGAAGAUAUCAUAUAUGCUUCUACACUUUGUCAGGAAAAACUUCAGAGUGUGCCCAAGCGAAAAUAUGCUUUGAGUUGGGUCAUAAAAAAAGUUUCUGGGAAUCCAAGGUCAAAACACAAAAGCAAUACUACGCAUGAAAAAAUAAUCACUUGCAAGACCUAUGGAUCAUAUAUCACAAGGUAUAUUGUCCUAUGUCGAGGCUCACUUGCAGUCAUGGCUCAGAAGAUAUGGUAA